AUGUGCACCACCACACCUAAAAUACAUAAAUAUUUCGAGAGAAAAGUGUCAGAAUGGAAUAUUCUUGGAUUCCUCAGUGAAUGUAACAUCGAACCGUUUAGAAACAAAAUAAAGUGUUACCUUUUAUCUCUUGAAGAUAUCGCCAGUACAGAGGAAGGCCGAAGGAAGGAAAAGGUGCGACAGCUAAUUAGGAAUUACAGACAGGCAAGUUUUUGUGAAAAAUUUAUUGUUGAACUUGCAAGUGGCAUGGUAGAGGACCCUACGAGCUUUUCUAUCAUUCAAGUCCUACGGGCUGAGCCACAAAAGUUAGUGUUGAAGCACAGCUUGUCUGAUGUUAAGCAGACUACAGAUAACCCUAUGAGCUUGUCUGAUCGAACUGAAUCACGAACACAGAUGAUCCUACGAGCUU